UCCGCAUUGGGUUCAUUUACGCUUCCUCAUUGACAGCGCCUAAAGGAAGAAAGCAGCGAUCCACUGUUUCAUUUGCACUCUUAACCGUUUUAUACGGCUUAUACGAAAAAUCGACAUCUUAAAUAACUCAGAAAGCGUCUUUAAAAGUCUCGGAAAGUUCCUGAAAUGUCAAAGCCACCCCCCAAACCAGCUAAACCAGGUCAGGUCAAGGUGUACCGGGCUUUAUUCACCUUUGACCCAAGGACGCCAGAUGAACUGUACUUUGAGGAAGGUGAUAUUCUGUACAUCUCAGAUACGAGUGACAGUAACUGGUGGAAAGGGACAUGCAGGGGAAGGACUGGUCUUAUUCCCAGCAAUUACGUGGCUGAACAGGCAGAGUCCAUAGACAACCCCAUGCAUGAAGCAGCCAAACGAGGAAAUCUGAGCUGGCUCAGAGAGUGCUUGGAUAAUAAAGUUGGCAUCAACGGACUGGAUAAAGCAGGGAACACCUCUCUCUACUGGGCUUGCCAUGGAGGACAUAAAGAUGUGGUGGAGAUUUUGCUGAGUCAGCCGAACUGUGAGCUCAAUCAGCAGAAUAAAUUGGGAGAUACGCCUCUACAUGCAGCUGCCUGGAAGGGUUAUUCAGAUAUAGUUGAGAUGUUGCUCAAUAAAAAUGCCAGGACAGACGUGGUGAACAAUGAGAAGAAGACUGCUCUGGAUAUUGCCACCAACGCACAGUGCGCCUCUCUGCAGAGGAAGCUGGGAGGAGUCAUUCUGCGCACCCACAGUAACGCCGAGGAGUAUCUCGAUGAUGAAGACUCCGACUAAGAGAAGAGCAGCACUAAUGAAGACCAUCAUUCCAACACAACCAUCACAACAUGUCUAUACAGUAGUCAACAGUUGAAGUGGAUCAUUUAAAAC